UUUUUAGGGGUCUUGUUCUACACUCUCAAGGGGCUUGAAUUGGCUUUUUAAGAUUGGUGACUAGUCUCUGUUAGUUGCUUCUAUCUGACUCGCAGAGAGAUAUAGAGCUCAGAAGUGAAAGAUAUACAUUCAUUCUUCUUAAUAGUUUCUAUCUCUUCUUCUUAAUAGUUUUUUGAGUUGGGUCUCUAUCAGUUGCGGGUAGAGGUGGCAGUAGAGAGAGAGAUAGAAGCUUUGCUUCCUGUUCUUGAGCCAAUUUUGCGCCACAAUUUCUCUCCGGCCCCAAAUCUUUCCCACCAAUCUAGCUUAUCCCGAUAAUGAGAGUGAGAGAUAAGGAGAGCUUAAGGCAUUGAUGAGAAGCUUUGUGUUUUUUAAUACCUGAUAUUUGGUGGCGUUUAGGGUUUUGCUUCUCUUAUUUAACCCUACCUGUCCUCCAUUUUUCCAUUCGUCAACUUUUUCCUUUCUUGGCUCAUCCUCGGGAUCGAUACCCGACAGCUCGCGCGACAUCCUUGGCCAAAGCUUUUUUGGGGACCAGAAAACCAAGUGCGGGCGGGGGUUCAAUUCCCGAGGGAGGGAAUAGUUUAUCAGAAGCCACAAGCAUAAACAAAGAACGAGUGAGGUAGACGAGUUUGAUUCAUAACACCAUUCAGUAUCUUUGACGAAGAAGGAUUUAGUUUCCUGUUGCAGGAAGACUGAAACGCGGCCCAGAUCGAACUGUACUGGUGUUAAGAAGGACUGAACAGCGAGAAGCUGGAUAACAUGAACACAUUCUCACACGUUCCCCCCGGUUUCCGGUUCCAUCCGACUGAUGAAGAACUCGUUGAUUACUACCUUAGGAAGAAGGUUACUGCAAGAAGGAUUGACCUUGAUGUUAUCAAAGAUGUCGACCUCUAUAAAAUUGAGCCUUGGGAUCUCCAAGAAUUAUGCAGGAUAGGGACUGAGGAGCAAAGUGACUGGUACUUUUUCAGCCAUAAAGACAAGAAAUAUCCAACUGGAACUCGAACAAAUAGAGCAACUGCAGCUGGGUUCUGGAAAGCCACCGGAAGGGACAAGGCCAUUUAUGCAAAGCAUGACUUAAUUGGGAUGAGGAAGACCUUGGUGUUUUACAAAGGUCGAGCCCCAAAUGGACAAAAGUCGGAUUGGAUUAUGCAUGAAUACCGCCUUGAAACUGAUGAAAAUGGAGCUCCCCAGGAAGAAGGAUGGGUUGUGUGUAGGGUUUUCAAGAAGAAACUCCCAAGCAUGCGAAGGAUGAGUGAACACGAAUCCCCUUGUUGGUACGAUGAGCAUGUCUCCUUCAUGCCAGACUUGGAUUCACCAAACCACAACAACUCCAACAGCUCCAUCAAUAAUCAGAUGGCAUACCAUGGUCACUUUCCUAACUAUCCUUGCAAGAAAGAGCUAGAUCACUUGCCAUUUCAGCACCAUGUUCCGAACGAGCACUUCUUCCAGCUCCCGCUUCUAGACAGCCCGAAACUACUACUUCAAUCUUCAGCCAAUGCUGCUGUGAGUUCAAACUCUAUGACAGCGGCUGCAUAUAGCAUUGACAUUAACCAGAACUUUCAUGCAGUGUAUGGUAAUAACAGCAAUGAGCUGCAGGCUGUAGAUGAUGAUCAACUAACCGAUUGGCGAGUGCUUGACAAGUUUGUAGCUUCACAACUCAGCCAGGAUGAUGUUUCAAAGGGAAAUGGCUAUUCAUGAUACUCGGGACAAAGCAAGAUAUUAACUAAUGCGUGCAGCUGGAAAUGCCUCAAUUGACAACCUUUAGUUGUCAACUUGAAAUGUGGAAGUGAUGACACCUUGAAAUCAUUGUUUAGUGUAUACUCUGAUCAUAGGAUUUUAAGUCCAUAAGGGAAAGUGGAGGUUAUUGAUUAUGAUCUCUCAAAGUUCCUGUACAUUAAUAAUCUAAAACAAUAUAACCUAAGUUCUGAUGAACUUCUGUCUAAGUAGUAAGUUAAGUCCACCAUUGUUACACUUGUAAUAUGGGUAUAUAUAAUAUAUAUAUUAUAUAGUUA